UCUGAGUGGAGAUUCAGUGAUCCCGUGUCUGCAGGAGUCACCGGUGCAGUAGAUGGAAUCGAAGUUAAGGCAUCCGUAAGACACUACACCUGUUUUUUUUUUUGCUCCGUGCUCAGGUUUCCGAUAAGAGGCACUAACAUUUGGGGCUGGAUUAACGUGGCGAGAGGAGUUUUGUGAAGGGAGCCAAAUGCCCAGUCAGGGGCUAUUCUAAACAGCCAGCGCUCCUCUUUCAAUGGAUCAAGCUCACUGCCAUGAUGCUCAUUGCUGCCUUCAGAGGAAUGUGGGUUUCCAUCGUUGCAACAUAAGGGACUUUUGUGGAAGUGGCACUAUGAUAAAGGGAUAAGAGAGCCUGGCCCUGGAUCAAGUCCGGACACCUCCCCUUGCUCCUCAGAGGCACAUGGAGUUCUGAUGAUUUUUUAGGGGAACAAACCCGAUUCCUUCCCUCGCUCCCUCGGCCGUGAUGAUGGACUUGCCCAGCCGGCACUUGCCUGUGGAGGUCAGCUGAAGACGACACCACGCAGCUAAGUCUGGAUUAGCCGGCCGAACGAGUUUCAAUGCUCCUCCACGUUCUAAGAUGAAGUUAUGGAAAGGGGCUACUUUUGCCUUCAUUGUCUGCGGUGCAGCGCUGUCCGUCCUCCUCACUAGAAACAUGGCCGCUAUCGGACAAUUCAAACCUCGGACAAAAUACCCCCACGCGUCUUCAGCCUCAUCGAGAUCGCCAUCGCCGUCGAUAUCGUCGUCGAGGACGGCGCCCCCGUCGACGCCGUGGUCCCGGACGAUGGGUGGUCCUCAGCGGAGACCUCGGUCAGCGGACGGCAUGAACUCUCUCCUCUCAGAGUUUUCCAUGCUGUUCCAGAGCUUCACUGAGGGCGAGCUUCAACAGGUGGUCGGAACCUUGCUGGACAGGAAGAAGGCGAAGAGUCGGCGCUCGGAAAAGAGCCAGACGAGAAGGACUAAAAGAGCCAGGAGGCCCAAGCCCUGCUCCUUGCGCGAGAUGGAAGUGACGGUGAGCGAGCUGGGCCUCGGCUACGAGAGCGACGAGACCCUGCUGUUCCGCUACUGCAGCGGCAAAUGCACGGGCCACCGGCGCAACUACGACAUCACGAUGGACCACAUGAGGAGGACGGGAUUCAGGAAGAAGGGACGCAAGGACAAGGUCAGCAACGGCCCCUGCUGCCGGCCAAUCGCCUACGAAGAGGACAUUUCCUUCCUGGACAACAGGAGCCGAUAUCACACGAUCCAGGACGUGUCGGCUCAGGCCUGUGGCUGCGUAUGAUGAUGAGAAAUAAGACUCACCUUCGCCGACAGCUGCUCCCAGCGUCUCCAGGAACACGGAUACAGCUGAAAGGCAAAAGAAAGCAUCUAUGGAAUAUAAACUUAAUGAGGAAAAGAUGGAAUAUGUUUACGGCUGCUCCCUAGCGGCCUUUCUAACAGACCGACUGCCCAAGACAAGUUGGAACCGGAUCACAGGGGACAGCCAGUGCUGUGUUUGUGUCCAUUCUGUGUAAAAGGACACAGACAAUGACUGUUUAUACCAAAUGAAAGUUUUUAUGGUCUUUUCUAUCUGUGUAGUAACACUGUGAACUGUAGCGGAACAACAUUGUAGCAACAUGUUUAUGUGAUAUUACACUUGCCUAGAAGUACAUGCAUUAGACUCAGAGAACAAGUGGAAUAGAUUCUCUUCGUAUGCAUGGGGGUUUUAUUCAGCAAGGCAAGGUACUCACUAUAACCUCACUUCAGUAAAUCCAAAUUGGAUCUUGUAGUCUUCAUCAGUGCAACAGUGACAAUAAAUCACACCCUCAGGCAAAAACUGCUAGAAAAUAAAGCAUGGACCAACAUCUGUGCUGGACGGUUUGUAUUUUCAUGUCAUGAUUUAUUAUAUUGGCCUAAAAUAUUAUCUUGUUGUUAAGCCACUUGUUCCCCCCAAAUUAGUUGAUAUACAAGUGUUUUGGAUUUUUGGUCGUAAAUGUUAUUGUUUUCCAUGACUUUGUCACACUUUGGGUUUUGACGUGAGCCCCGGCACAGUCAUCACUGAUGUGACUGCAGUGUUAUUACACAGGUACAAGAAGAAGUGUUAAUUGACAAGAAUUUGAAGAUGAAAAAUUCCUUUUACAUAGCUUCAGGUUCAAUACCCACCUUUGGUUAUUAUGUAUUUGUAUAUUAAUGUUGUGUAGAUGAUUAACAACAAGGCCCUGCUUAAAUAACAACAAAAAAAAAAAACUUAGUAAGUACACUUUUUAACCUAGACAUAGAACAAUAUAAGAUAUUUUUUCCCUAUCUGCUCUCCAUAAGAGAACCCAUCAUACUCCAGGAAAUUCUCAUUUUUAGAAUUUUAUUUUGUGUUAUUUUUAGGGUUUUUUUCCCCCCAGUGAUCCAGUGUUAGUGUUAUCCAUAAUCCUCUGGAAUUAUUUUCCUCAAAGAAUUGCCAAAAGACACCGAGUCAACUCGAACCCAUGAUUAAUUCACAGCCAUAGAUUUAUAAACACGUCUCAGGUUCCAGGUGAUAAAACGUCUUAAAGAUGUAUCGUCUCUGGAUGUAAUUUGUGAGGUUUACACUCGGUUUUUAACACUACCAGGGGUUUAGGUAAUCUGAGGCGAAAGUGCGAAAGAGACAAAUAAUCUGAGUAAUAAGCAGUGGCAUGUUUUUCUUGCGGAAAGAAUACUAACCAUGAAGUAGAGCUGGGUUUUGGAAUUGUUGUUUGAGCCGGUCCAUGAAAACCCAUCAAUUACUCCGAUCCAAAGCCCCCAGUAUAGCCUUGCACUGGCCCAUCAAAUGCCUCCGUGUUGAAUCGCCUACUGCCAUGUAGUGCAAAAGCAAGCUGCUGAAAUGAAUUAUGAAGCAUAUUUUUCAAAUAAAUCCCACCACCACCUAUCUUUAUUUGGUUUGAACCCAUUGCAACUGUUUGCCUGAAGUACAAUAAAUGAUGUUGUUUUGUUUUCGUUUUCUUUUCUUUUUGCUUUGUUUUGUUUCUGAGGAGGUGCAGUUUGGGUUGUGGAUGCGGUGCAUCUUCAUUGUGGAUUAUGUGUAUUUAUUUGGGAAGUAAAUUAUGGUUUGCAUAUUUAUUUAGAUUACCACUGCAGAAACAGGACAGCUUAUUAUCACUGAGCAACUGU